CCCGGAUCGGGGCAGGCCUCCCGGUGGGCAGCGUGCCCCAGCCCCCGCCAGCCCCCCUGGGGAAGGUCGGGGGUCGCGGGGAGGGUCCCCGGGCAUGUGGACGGCCUGGAUGCUCUGCCUGGCCGUGGCCGCGGCGCCGAAACCUGGGCCGGAGCGGCCGGUGGACGUGGUGCUGGACUGCUUCUUCCUGGAGGAGGCGGCCGUGGGCGGCGGCCAGCCUCCGGGAGGCUUCGGCGGCCGGUCCAGCACGGUCCCCGCCACCCUCGUCCUCAAGCAGCUGCCAGUGCCCGACGACGGGGCCCUGGACGGCUUUACCGACUUCGAGGGGGUCCCCCCGGCGCAGGACCACCACCCCAUCGUCUUCGAGGCCUCGGCGCCUUCGGUGCGGAUCCCCCAGGCCCAGGCCUUGCUGCAUGCCGACUGCGGGGGAGAGAAGGUGGCCUGCGAGAUCUCACCCUAUUUCCCCUGUCGGGGGCCGGGGGCGGCCGCCUGCUUCGUUGGGACCCUGCACGUAUCCGGGAGCGGCCCCCGGGUCUCCCUGGUGAUGAGGAUCCCGAGGGGCGUCCAAGAGGGGGCUGCCCUGCACCCCAAGCUCCAGCUGCCCCUGAGCCCCCAAGGGACGGUCCUGGCCACAGUGGAGUUCCAGGUGAGCACGACUACGGCAACCCUACACUCCCGGCUCGGGGGCUCCUCAGCCCUGCACUGCAGUUUCUCCGCAGCCGCUGCCUCCGGCCCCCCCAGCGUGGACUGGCGCCUUCAGCACAAGGGCCGUGGCCGGGGCGUGGUCAGCUGGACCGCGGCGGGUGGCAAGAGCCAGGCCGAGCGGGCAGGGGCCCGGCUGGAGCCUGAGGAACAGCACGGGGUGUGGGACGCCACACUGACCCUGUCGGGCCUGACGGUGGAGGACGAGGGGGCUUACAUCUGCCAGGUCUCCGCUGGCCAGCACAAGACCCAGCAGAUCAUCCGGCUUAGCAUUCUGGAACCACCUAAGGUGCGGCUGACGGUGACCCCCGGGCCCUCCUUUACCACCCUGACGUGCCACAUCACUGGCUACUACCCCCUGGAUGUGACUGUGACAUGGAUCCAGGAGGAGGCCGAGGCUGCCCUUCCCUCCUCCCCUGCGCCAGGCUCUGGGCCUGCCCCGGCCCCCGUGCCAGGCUCCUCGUUGUCCAGCCACCGCCAGAACGCCGCUGGCACCUUCAGCGUCUCCUCCACCCUGCGCGUCCAGCCCGGCUCCACAGGCGCCAGCUACACCUGCCAGGUUGCCCACGUCUCCCUGGAGGAGCCCCUUACUGCCACCGCCAGGGUUGCCCUGCCAGAACCAGAAUCCACCUCCUCUGGUCUCCUGGUGGCCACUGGCCUCUUCCUCUUCGGGCUCCUGGUCCUGGGACUUCGGCGAUGGCCCGGCAUCCCUCUCCCCCCCAGCUCAACCAAGACCACCCCCAGGCACUUGGGGUAAAGGUCUCCUAUGGCCCCCUCCCCCUCAUCACCCCCAACACAGCUAAGCCUCAGGAACCAGGAGCAGGAAGAGGAGGCGGCAUCCUCUGGUGGCCCCACUCCUCUCGUCCAUCACCCAUCCAGGGGCUGGUGCCAGGAGAGGAACUUGAGGUUGGAGGCAGCAUGAAGAUUCUGAAUUAAUCCCCCUCCCAAUAAGCAACACCUCCCGAGUUUUGGGGGACAGUGGGGCCGGUGCUCUCGGGAGCCAUGGGACCGGUGAGCCAAGGUACCAGCUAUGGAAGCCAGUGUGACUACCCCAGCCAUCCAGGCCAAAAUCCAGUCUUGCUCCCCUCUUCAGUCUCCUACCACAUCUGGCAGCUUCCAAGCGGAGCAGUUAGGACCCCAGACCAGCUGUGUCUAACAUCCUCUCUUUGCAGCACCCCCGCCAUGCCUGCUUUCCAGCCAAAUGGUCCUGGGUGGCUGACUACCCCCUUCCCGAGGGAACCAGGCCUCAAUGGGUGGGCUUGAAUCCGCGUCCAGAGGACAGGUGGAAUGCACCAAGGGCCGGGGGGCUGCCCGCCUCCCAGCCAGGUGACUCUCCAGGAACUGACCAAGCCCACCCUGGGGCCACACGCCAGUCUCCUACCCCUGACCGACAGGGGUGGUAGGUGAGGAACAAGGAAAUGCCCCAUACUGACAGCAUAAAUAAAGCUCAACCCACCUCGAA